CAUUCUUCUUUGGUUCCACUGUGAACGAACAUGUGGUCCUUCUUGUCUGACGAGUCCACAUACUUCAAUGCUUGAUUUGUGUCCAAUCAAAAUACGGCACGACCGAUAGCCAUGGAUCCAAAUUCAUCCUUUUCAGAAAAGGAUUUGGAUUUGGAGUCUGCCAUAGCGGAGAACGAGAUGAACACCACAUUCAAUCAUACAGAGUUGAUCGUCCAAUAUUUUGUCCAACCCAUCUUCGAAAUCAUCGUUCAUGGCUUAUUGGUGACCAUCAUUGGCUGUGCCGGCAUUUUGGGCAAUAUCUCAUGCUUGAUUGUGCUCUUCAAGCCAUGCAUGAAAAAUAACAUCAAUUGUCUACUCAUCGGCUUGUGCUUUGUUGACAUGUCACUAAUCAUUUCGGCACUGAUUCUCUUCUCCACCCCAGCCAUUCAAAUCUAUCUGGAGGUGGACAGUGGCUCCAUUUGGAUCCAUUUCUAUCCUCUUGUCACUCCAAUCAUGUACCCCAUUGCCAUGAUUUCGCAAACGUCGUCCGUGUAUCUAACGAUGAUCAUCACAAUCGAGCGCUACCUCGUGGUGUGUUGGCCUCUGCGAUCCCGGUCGUUGUGCACCUAUGGCAGGGCUAAAAGAUGUGUCUUCAUGGUAUUCCUGUUCGCCAUCUUGUACAACUUGACUCGAUUCUUUGAGUUUUCUCAUAAAAAGACCUAUGACGAGGACGGCAACUACAUGUUCUCGUUGAUUGCGACCGAUCUACGAGAGAAUCAUAUGUACAUUAGCUUGUACAUGAACUGGUUGUACAUGAUUGUUAUGUACGCGUUCCCUUUCUUGGUCAUGUUCGUUUUGAACUGGAAGAUUGCGCGCGAAAUUCAAAAGGCCAAACAAGAACGGUUUCGCAUGAGCAAUUCGGAGAAGAAGGAGCAGAGCGUGGCCAUCAUGUUGAUGGUGGUGGUCACUAUCUUUAUGAUAUGCAAUGCUCCGGCCAUGGCUUCAAAUAUCGCAGAGCACCUUCGAUACGAUGCCCUGGAGCUCACUCAGAUCUCAAACUUCUUGGUGGUUCUCAAUUCGUCGGUGAACGUCAUGGUUUACCUCACAUUUGGCAUGAAGUUUCGCCGAGUGUUUUGCAAGGUCUUUUGUUGCAAGGAGGACACUCACGAAGAGAUUCGUGUAAGUUUUGGUCGGUCGGUCCGAGGAGCUCCACAUCGAGCCUCUUCACAAAUGAAGCGUGGUCCCCGUGAAGCUGGUUCCAUUGAAGUGGGACACGAGAAGACCUUGCCAGCACCUAAGCGCCAAUCUCCUAAGACAAUUUAUAAGUCACAUCUUACACUUACCAAAACCUUUUCUUUGGAAUCGGAAAAGAACUUUUCGUUGGGCUCUAGGGAACGAUUCGGAUCGGAUAUGCCCUAACGGCAAUCGAUGACAUGGUUUCGCUGGAGAUCUUUGAUGAUUGCACUAGGCAGUAAUAUGUACUGUAGUCUUCACAAAACCCUGCGCUAUCAAACUAUUUCAAUUCUGUUAUGGUAUGUUCUCAAGUGAAGUGUUAGUAAAAACUCGACCAUGACAUACUUAAGAAUCCGUACAAAUGUGUUUGUAAAUUGUAGUUUGCAAUGUUAUUCAAAGUGUG